GUUGUGUCUUGUGCGUUGUGCGGUGAAGUUGCGCCUUCGUUCUGAAAAUCUGAAAAUCCAGCAAAGAUACUCGGACUGUGCGGUGCAUCCUUUGGAGAUCCAGACUGCGAUCCAUUACCACAUUCAGCUCUAGCUUUUGACCCAACAAAUCACCACCAGCAAAAUGAGAGAAAUUGUCCAUCUGCAGGCCGGCCAGUGCGGUAACCAAAUCGGCGCUAAGUUCUGGGAGAUCAUUUCCGAGGAACAUGGCAUCGACAGCAAUGGCAUCUAUGUGGGCGACAGUGAUCUUCAGCUGGAGCGCGUUAGUGUCUACUACAACGAGGCAUCGGCAGUCACGCGGUCGUCGGGAGGCAAAUACGUGCCCAGGGCCAUCCUGCUCGACUUGGAGCCUGGAACCAUGGAGUCGGUGCGAUCGGGUCCCUACGGACAGCUCUUCCGGCCGGACAACUUUGUGUACGGACAGUCGGGUGCGGGCAACAACUGGGCCAAGGGUCACUACACCGAGGGCGCCGAACUGGUGGACAAUGUUCUGGAUGUGGUCCGCAAGGAGUGCGAGAACUGCGACUGCCUGCAGGGCUUCCAACUGACGCACUCGCUGGGCGGCGGAACUGGCUCCGGAAUGGGCACCCUGCUGAUCUCGAAGAUCCGCGAGGAGUACCCAGAUCGCAUAAUGAACACCUACUCGGUGGUGCCGUCUCCCAAAGUGUCCGAUACGGUGGUGGAACCCUACAACGCCACCUUGUCGAUCCAUCAGCUGGUGGAAAACACAGACGAGACGUACUGCAUCGACAACGAGGCGCUGUAUGAUAUCUGUUUCAGGACCCUGAAGGUGUCGAAUCCCAGCUAUGGAGAUCUGAACCAUCUGGUCUCGCUGACCAUGUCCGGCGUGACCACCUGCCUCCGUUUCCCUGGCCAACUGAAUGCCGAUCUUCGCAAGCUGGCGGUCAACAUGGUACCAUUCCCGCGUCUGCACUUCUUCAUGCCCGGAUUCGCUCCGCUCACCUCUCGGGGAUCUCAGCAGUACAGGGCUCUGACGGUUCCCGAGCUGACCCAGCAGAUGUUCGAUGCCAAGAACAUGAUGGCCGCCUGUGAUCCUCGACAUGGUCGCUACCUCACCGUGGCCGCCGUCUUCCGCGGUCGCAUGUCCAUGAAGGAGGUGGACGAGCAAAUGCUGGCCGUCCAGAACAAGAACAGCUCGUACUUCGUCGAAUGGAUCCCGAACAAUGUGAAGACGGCCGUCUGCGAUAUUCCGCCAAAGGGCCUGAAGAUGUCCUCGACGUUCAUCGGGAACACCACGGCCAUCCAGGAGCUGUUCAAGCGGAUCUCCGAGCAGUUCUCGGCCAUGUUCCGGCGCAAGGCCUUCUUGCAUUGGUACACCGGCGAGGGCAUGGACGAGAUGGAGUUCACCGAGGCGGAGAGCAACAUGAACGACCUGGUGUCCGAGUACCAGCAGUACCAGGAGGCCACCGCCGACGACGAGUUCGAUCCGGAUGUUAAUGUGGAGGAGGUCGAGGGCGAUUGUAUUUAAUGGUGUGGCCAGAGGAAUGAGGGGCGUGCGUGACGAAGGUCCGGGGGAUGUCCUGUUUCUGCGCGGCAUGCGGCACCAGCUGGCGGCCAAGCACUGCAGUAUCCUUUGACC